UACGCGCGCGCUUGUCCAACAGUCAUUAAUAGACUCGACUUGAAAUCAGCCUGUGACAACCCUAUUAAGACAAGAUGGCGGAUAACAACAAACUAUGCUGUUUCUGAACGAACUGUCAAUGUCAUUUGUCAAGGGCAGGAAAAUUGUGAAAUUACAACUAUCUAUACGAUUAAAUCAGAUGCCAUAGUAUUCAAAAUUGUGAAUUCGACAAACGACAUUUUCUACUCAAGAGUGAUGAAAAGUGGUAACAGGAAUUACAUUUGCAUUGAUGACUGUGGAAAAAUUGAUCCUCACACAAAUAUAAUUUCAAAAAGACAACAACCCUACCAUGUCGAUUUGUUUAAAAAAAAUAAACGUGAGAACGUCUUGUCUAUGGCCCCAGUGUUGCCUAUAAAUAAAAAGAAAUGUGCUAAAAAUGAGGAUUUCAUGACAGUUGAAAAAUAUAAACAUUUGGAAAGUAUUGAAAAAAUGGAUGGAUUCAUGGAUUUUGAAAAAAAUACUGUCAAGCCAUAUAAAAAUGAACCAAAGCUGUUUUCGAAUAAGAUAAAAAAUAGCUCCACUAAAAGUGCAUGUAAGAGAUUACAGGAUUAUGCAGAACAAAACUACAAAGACAAUUCAUUCAUUCAUUCAUCAUCAGCCAUCAUGUAUCCACUGCUGGACAAAGGCCUCUUUUAAGUAGCGCCAGCCGGCUCUAUCUUUGGCUUUUUGCAUCCAAUCGAUGCCUGCCACCUUCCGGAGGUCGUCGCUCCACCUAGUGGGGGGGGCGCCCCACACUUCGCUUACCGAGACGCGGUCUCCACUUAAGGACCUUACGACUCCAACGACCAUCGGUCGUCCGAGAGACAUGACCAGCCCACUGCCACUUCAAUGUACUAGCCCUGAGAGCUAUGUCGGUAACUUUCGUUCUUUGUCACUUCGUUCCGGAUUUUAUCCCUCAAAGAAUUCCAAGCAUAGCUCUCUCCAAAAAUAAACAAAAAGUUACACAAAGACUAUUAAUAAUGUACAUUUAUUAAGUAAAAACAAAGUUUUGUAAAAAAUAAUUUGUGAAAUACAGACCAACUUAUACUACCUAUAUGUAUAUAUUUAUAACUAAGAUAACAUUUUUAGGCACUGCUUUUUCUCACAAUAUACAAUAAUAAACAGUAUAUUUAAAAUACAGAAGGAUAGUUCUUCUUAGUCUAAGAGUAAUAAGAUUUCAUUAGUGUACAAUUUAAUUAUUUUAGGAAGACUUUAAAAAUACCUAAAGACUAACUGAGUAACUAAACAUAAAAUAUUGGCAGUAUUAAUACGUUCGCUGCGGCGUCAAUUUUCUGUACGAGGUUUUUUGACCUCGUUCUAAAACUUUGUACGAGGUCCAUUGACCCCGUAACUCUUGAAGCCGCUAGACUUACGAGGUCAACUGACCUCGUACUAAAAUUGUGUACGAGGUCGAUCGACCUCGUAACUCUUGAAGCCGCUAGACUUUUUGACCUCGUACCGCAUUGAAAGUAUUAAGAAAGAUUUCAUUUUAACAAUUGUAGUCUCCCAAUAGAACUUUAAAAAAAAACAGAAUAUUUGUUUUAUCUUAUAAUAAUAUGACCAAUAUUCCUGUUCUCCUAUUAUCAGUCAGCAAGAUGUUAGGAGUGGGUGCGACAAUAGUCCAAUAGACCAAAGUCCAGCUUUGUCACAGGGAUGACAAAACCAGAAGGUACAUUGGGACUACUGUAGCAGCUUUAAAGGUCACUACAACCCUUCCCAACAAAAAAAGAACUAAGUCACAAAUAAAUAAUCUAAUAUGACAAAAAUUAUUAAUGAUAAGAACAAACAUGCAUUGAACUGAGAAUGUCCUACUUUUUUUGAAGUCUGUAAAGACUCAAUAACAUUUUUUUAGUCCAGGACUAUCACAACCCUAUU